CCCCACCUCUCCUUGUUCCCGUCCAGCUUCAUCAGGCUUUCGCUCGCGAGGGUUCCGUCCAGAGCGAGGAGGAAGACAGAGAGCAGCGCGCGAGACCGCGAGAGGCCGCGGACAUGGAGAACGAGUUCCAGGAUGGCAAGGAAGAGGUCAUCGAAGCAUGGUACAUGGAUGACAGUGAAGAAGACCAGAGGCUUCCUCAUCACCGUGAGCCCAAAGAGUUCAUUCCUCUCAACAAACUUUCAGAGUUGGGUGUAGUAAGCUGGCGCCUGAAUGCUGAUGACUGGGAGAAAGAUGAGAAUCUCAAGAAAAUCCGUGAGGCCAGGGGAUAUUCUUAUGUGGACAUUUGUGAUGUGUGUCCCGAGAAGUUGCCAAACUAUGAGGUCAAGAUAAAGAAUUUCUUCGAAGAGCACUUACAUACUGAUGAAGAGAUACGCUAUUGUCUUGAGGGCAGUGGAUACUUUGAUUUGAGGGAUGAAAAUGAACAGUGGAUCCGUGUAGCAGUGAAGAAGGGGGGCAUGAUUGUUUUGCCUGCAGGAAUGUAUCACCGCUUUACACUGGAUAGUAACAACUACAUCAAGGCAAUGCGGCUCUUUGUGGGAGAGCCUGUCUGGACACCGUACAAUCGCCCCCAUGACCAUCUCCCAGCUAGGAAGGAGUAUGUCGACAAGAUCAUCAACAGAGGUGGGAGUCAAACUGUGGAAGCUCGUUGAUUCAACCUGUAAUGUUAGGCUGAGUGAGUUUCCUGUAUGUAUAACACCUCCACAAAUACCGAAUAAGAUGUGCCAACGGCCGGCGCAUUGUACUCCUACCACCAUCCUGUAUCAGUAAGCAGUAGUUUGCACAAGACCUGCUUAAAAUCAUCCCUGGAAACUUGUUUGUAGUAUAAUAAUAAGAUCCCCACAGUCCAGUGUCAGCAGUGGUGUAAUGUUGAUCAUUAUACUAAUAUGGAUAUAAUGGAUUGAAAACCCGUUUUGAUC